AUGGUUUCUAGCAAAAUACUCACGGCAGUAGCAGCCCUUCUCCCGGCUGUUAAUGCUGCAGUACCCCAGAUUCCCGGCUUCUCGCUGACGUGGAGUGAUGACUUUGUUGGCACGGCCAACAGCCUCCCGAACCUUGCCAACUGGAUCGUCGACACGGGCACAAGCUAUCCAGGCGGUCCCGCUCAAUGGGGCACGGGAGAGAUCCAGACAUACACCAGCAGCACCAACAACCUCAAGUUGAACGGCAAUGGUGCGCUCCAGAUUACGGCCAGUAGGAACUCGGCUGGCGCGUGGACUUCAGCGCGUAUCGAGACCCAGCGCUCUAAUUUUAUGGCUGCUGCGGGAGGUAAAAUGCGCAUCCAGGCCAGUCUGAACCUCCCAGCUGUGGGUAGCAAUGGAAUCGGUUACUGGCCCGCGUUUUGGACGCUCGGUAGUGCGUACCGAGGCAAUUAUCAAAACUGGCCGUCAGUUGGCGAGUUCGAUAUUAUGGAGAAUGUCAAUGGCAUUAACCGCGUGUGGGGCGUUAUGCACUGCGGCGUCAACCCUGGUGGCCCAUGCAGGGAGACGGACGGGCUUGUCGGCAGCCGAGAGUGCCCCAACUCGCCUUGUCAGGGUAACUUCCACACCUACACGCUCGAAGUCGACCGCACACAGACGCUUGAGGCUGUGAGAUGGUUUGUCGAUGGCAUCUUGUUCUGGCAGAUUGUGUCAACCGACCUACCAGCUGAUGUGUGGGCCCAGAGCGUGCACAGCCCUCACUUCCUCCUGCUUAACCUAGCCAUUGGUGGUGCGUUCCCAAACAACAAUUACGGCAGUUCUACCCCCCUGGCUAGCACGGUGGCUAGCGCGACCUUGCAAGCUGAAUACAUUGCCGUGUAUAAUGCCUAG